AUGUCUCGCUACGCGAACGUUUCGCUUAGGGUGACAGGGCUCACGAUGUACCCGUUCGCGAGAAUCAAAGUGGAGAAGGAUGGAACGGCUACAUUCGAUGGUCUGGCUGGCUACAUGCUGUCGCUUCUGCAGCAGUCCAUGGGCUUCAAGAUCAUUCCCCGGCUUCCCCCAGACACGGUGUGGGCAGGUCGCAACGCUCAAGGCGUCUGGGCCGGCCAGCUAGGAAUGAUCUACCGAAACGAAGCUGAUCUUGCCAUCGGGCCGGCCACACCAACCGAGGAAAGGUUCACUGUUGGCCAUGCUUUGCCAAACUACUUUGACACGGUUGCCUGCCACGUGGCUGGGAGACUCGUGAGCCACGUCUCGAACGUGGCUGGCCACAUUGGAGGAUUCGACACGCAGAUAUGGCUAAUUAUAGCGGCAAUACUGCUUUUUCUGAGCGUGGGGCUUUCUUUGUACGAGAGACGGAACAGCACGAAGAAAUUCCGCACUCUUUUCUACAACCACGUCUUUGAGCUGACUGGAAAUCUACUCAUCGAAGCGUCACCGCGGUCGCCGGAUGACCCUCACGUUCGCACCGUGCUGGCCUUCUGGUGGAUGAUGCUGAUUGUGCUGAUGAACACCUUCACGGGUCACAUGAAGGCCAGCAUGACCGUCCAGGAGGAGCUGCCCCGCCUCGACACCCUGCAGGACAUCGUCGACCACCGAGGCGUCACGCCCGUCGUCAUCAGGGGCAGCACCUUCGACGAGAUAUUCAGGGUGUCCAACAGGCGCGACCACCAACUGGUAUGGAGGCGCGCAGUGCAACGCCGCACCGUGCUCUCAGGUCGUGACAUCUUCGUGAAGUCCAUGUUCGACGACGUGCUGGAGGGCCGCAAGGUCAUCUUUCUGGACACGCUGCUCUUCCACUACUGGGUGGGACGUUUCUAUCAGGACCUGACCCGAGGCGAGUUUUACCUAGCCAAGGAGGCCGUCCUGUACCCUUCCAUGUGCAUGUGGCUCAACAGGAACGUCGACCCGGCCAUUGCUAAGGCACUGCAUAUGAGAAGCCGUUGGGUGGCCGAGUCCGGCAUGGCCAGCCACUGGAAGAACCUGCUGGUGGAGCGAAGCCAGCGCACAUCGGGUGGUGCAGGUGGUUCCCAGUCGACGCAGUCGGUGAGCACCGCGUCGCCCCUGCAGCUGCAGGACGUGGCGGCAGUGCUGCAGCUUCUCAUGGUUGGCGCCUGCGUCUCGCUGUCCGUGCUCGUUGCGGAAAUCCUCGUCCAGCGUUGCUGCUCCAAGCGUCGUCGAUGUUGCUGUUGCAGCUACGGCGGGGAUCAGCGUGUACGCCGCAAUACCCUGCCUGCUCGAAGACGUGCGCAGUGGCGGAGCGGGGUGCCCUGA